CGCGGCGGUAUUUAUUCAGAGAGCCGAGCCGAGCUCAGACAGCGAACAGCGGAGCGACUUCAGCACCAGCGGCAGCGGACAGCGACUAGUAGCAGCCCCGAGACUUAAAAACCUCUCUACAGCCUCCAUCAUGGUUCUGAUCUGGACUCAGUUCGGUGUGAAGCACAAAAAUGUCAAUGUCAAGUGCAAAGUGCGAGUUAUGCACAGAGGAGACAGCUCCGGAUCAUCAUCCUCAGCGGAAGGCACCAAGUCUGAGCAGGACACGCCCUGCCUCUCCAUCAAACCCCCAGGCAAGGACUUCUACAAAGUCCUGGGUGUCUUGCCUGAAUCCAAUGAGGACGAGAUCAAGAAGGCCUACAGGAAGAUGGCUCUCAAGUUCCACCCAGACAAGAACAGUGAUGCCGAUGCAGAGGACAAGUUCAAAGAGAUUGCAGAGGCCUACGAGAUCCUGACUGACCCCAAGAAGAGAAGCAUCUACGACCAGUUUGGAGAAGAAGGCCUUAAAAAUGGAAUGUCAGUGGCUGGCCAAGGCAACAUUUUCCGCAAUAACUUCAGCAGCGACCCCCACAGCCCCUUCUCCUCCUUCUGCCACGGCUCCGACCACUUCGACAUCUUCUUCGGCAAUGACUUUGACGGUGAAGACGACCUCUUCAAUCCCUUCAGGCGGUUCACCUUUAGCCAUGUUGGGGGGUUUGCCGGAUACGAGGGAGGUCUGCCAAGGGGCCAGCGGCGGCUGCAGGCCGAUGCGGUGAUCCAUGACCUGCUGGUGACUCUAGAGGAGGUGAUGCACGGCUGCACGAAGCACGUGAAGAUCACCCGCAGUCGCCUCAACCCCGACGGCCGCAGCUUGAGGUCUGAGGAGAAGGUACUGAACGUGGUGGUGAAGAAAGGCUGGAAAUCAGGAACCAAGAUCACCUUCCCCAGGGAGGGAGAUGAGACGCCCAACAACACCCCCGCAGACAUCACCUUCAUCCUCAGGGACAAGGAGCACACCCAAUACAAAAGAGACGGCUCCAACAUCGUCUACACAGCCAAGAUCACCCUGAAAGAGGCUCUCUGUGGCUGCACAGUUAACGUGCCAACACUCGACAACCGGAUGAUGCCUCUUCCAUGCAGCGACGUCAUCAAACCUGGUGCUGUGCGGCGGCUGAGGGGUGAAGGUCUGCCGCUGCCCAAAAGCCCUUCCCAGCGGGGUGACCUCGUGGUGGAGUUCCAGGUGCUCUUCCCCGACAGGAUCCCACCGCAGUCCCGCGAGAUCAUCAAGCACAGCCUGGCCCAGUGCUAAUCUGCCUUCUUUAAAUGGCCUAGCUGACACAGCGUCACCAUGCGUGUAAUCGAUUCACAAACACAGCCUUGCCCAAGGUGCUAGUAUCACAACCAAUCACAACCUCUUAUUGUGUUUGGAGAUGGCAAGCAGUGCUGACGUGGGUUGUAGUUCAGACAGGGAGUUUGUGAGAACGCCUGCAGGUGAUCGGCAUGUCGCACAACAACUAUGAUGCCGUAUGAGCCGUGAGUUGAGAACUGAAGAAUGGGGUCUUUGGUAUCUGAGGGCAUCCAUUGACUCAACAGCCUUCCUCUUGAGGGAUAAGGUUAUCUGUACUGUUAUACUUGCAAACCUAAAGCAGGAUAUCAGUGUGCUAUUCAAGUCUGUAUAGACUUCCUUAAACCUGAAUGGUAGAAAUGUGAAGAAAAAAAUUUAUUCUUACUAUUAUUCUUAUUAUUACUACUAUUAUAGUUAUAUGGUGUUCAUAUGACUGACCUUUUGCAUUGAUUUAUUACAAUAGCAAAUGUACUUGUGUACAAAGAUCUACUUUGUGUGCAAAAUGCAAAAACAUUGUCUCUAAGAGAGAUUCAUCUGUCAAAUGUUCUAUUGAAUUAUUUGAAAUGUUUGUAUAUAUUCUGCAAUGAGCCAGCUGCUGAUGUAUUCAUACUUGAUAUAUUGAAAAGCAUGAAAAAUAAAUAAUAAAAAAAACAAGACUUUAA